AUUCUCAUCCAUGACGUCUCGCUGCCGGAGGAGGCCAAAACCAUGUUCAAAGUGCAGAACUUCAGCGAGCCGGUGUUGGUGCCGCCCCGCGAGGCCCGCUACAUCUUCACGCUGCACUUCCGCCCCUCCCGCCCUACCAUCCACAUCGACAGCAACAUCCUGCUGGUCACCAACGCCUCCCGCUUCCACCUGCCCGUGCGGGCUUACACCGGCUUCCUGGAGCCACAGGUCCUUCCUCCCAGUCUACAGGAGCACCUCCUGGACUUUGGUGUACUCAGUGCCACAGACACCAGUAGCAUAGUGUUUGUGGUGGUCAACAGCAAUCCCAUAGAGCUGGUGAUCAGGCCCUGGCUGGUGACGGGGGACAGCCUGUCCAUGGAGCUGUUGAAGACCGAGAGGGGCAACAGAACCUCAGCGCUGACCCGGACCAAAGAGCUCCACAACUCUACGGCCUCCACACACAAAACGGUCAUUCUGGCUUCUGGUUACUAUGCAGCCUUCAGGGUAACGUUGGUUGCUAAGGACCUGGAGGGUGUGUACGACGGGGCGGUGCACAUCACGACGGAUUACGAGAUAUUGACCAUUCCGGUGAAGGCUGUCGUAGCAGUGGGCAGUUUGACCAGUUCCCCAAAACACAUCAUCCUUCCUCCAUCUUUCCCAGGCAAAGUGGUGCACCAGUGCCUGAGCAUCAGCAGCUCAUUCUCACAGAGGGUGAGGGUGCAGCAGGUCGGCUCGCUGACGGAAGACCCGCGCUUUUAUCACAAGCGCCUCAAGAACAGCAGAGACGAGAUAGAACCCAAACGCAGGUCCAAGGUCGCAAAUAUUUAUUUUGAUGCCAGUUUGCAGUGCGGCAACCAUUGUUACGUGGGAAUGCCUUUCCUGAGAAAAUACGAACCAAAGCCUCACGGACCUGUGAUGCAGGAGGACCUGUUGGAUGGCGAUGCAGACCUGCACCAGACGCUGCUCAAGACCUGGGAGGAGAUCAGGGACAGCUCCAGACACGAGGUGGAAGGUGUCUUUGAAGUGAAUACUGACCUGCAGAAAAACGUCCAGGCCAGAGUCAGCGCCCGCAUGAUGUGGCCCUCCCUCAUCCAGUCGCCACGGCGGAUCCUCUUCCCCCUCACCAACACCAACAGCUCCUCAGAAGUGGAAGUGUUGCUUGAAAACCCAGCCGACGUUCCCGUCUACAUUCAGAUCCUCCCUCUGGCCCUCUACCCCAAUCCCUUAGCGUUCGCUGAAAAGCUCUUAGAGAGGCUCCCAGUCAAAAAUCUCCCCAGCAUUGACACUACCACUUUAGAGUUCCAGAUACACAGGAAUCAGACUUCUGUGACGAGAACCAGCAGCAGCUUCACAGAGGGGCCGACCCGGCCGUUCGUACACAACCUGCACCUCCUGCCAGGAGAGGCCAAAGGCUUCACAGUGAAGUUCAGCCCCAUCAGUAACUACACGCUCACCUCCUUGCUCGUCAUCAGGAACAACCUGACGGUGGUGGACUUCCUGCUGGUGCAGGGCCAGGGCACGUACGAGAGCCUGAAGAUGGCCGGCAAACCGCCCGGGCCCGGCAGCUCCCUGCGCUUCAAACUGACCGAGGCUCUCCUGCGGGACUGCUCAGACAAAUUGAAACUAAAAGAACCCAACUUCAGCCUCAGAAGAUCCUUUAAAGUGGAGAACACCGGUCGGCUUCCUCUGCACAUCCAAGCCAUGGAGAUCAACGGUUACGCCUGUGAAGGCUAUGGCUUCAAAGUCGUCAACUGUCAAGAGUUUGUGCUCAAUCCAAAUGCGUCCAAAGACAUUGUUAUAAUGUUCACGCCAGACUUCACAGCGUCGCGUGUGAUCCGUGAGCUGCGGCUGGUGUCGGCGGGCGGCUCGUCAUUCGCCUUCGUGCUGAACGCCUCGCUGCCCUACCACCUGCUGGCCACAUGUGCUGAAGCCCUGCCACGCCCCACCUGGGAGCUGGAGCUCUACAUCAUCAUCUCCAUCAUCAUGAGCUCCAUGUUCCUGCUGGUGCUGGUCACGGCCUACCUUGAAGCGUUGGGGAUCUGGGAGCCUUUUAAGAGACGCCUGUCCUUCGAGGGAUCCAAUUCCACCAUGGAAACGGGGCGACCUUUUGACCUCAGGGAAAUAGUACGAAUUCAUAACGAUUCAAACUCGAAUGAUAACAACGGUGACAGCAACCACUCAUCACGGGGCAAUGCGUACAACAACAACAACACAUCGUCCAGGUCAGGCGGGAGACAAAACGCAGCCCCAUCCCACCACAACAGCACCAACGGCCACCUGGACCGCCUCUCAAAGGGGGGCCACAGCAAGGCAGCUAUGCAAACCACCCCCACCACACACAAGGGCCAGGACAGCCCCACGGCACAGCCCAGUAACCGUAAGGGCCGCGGCUCCAAAGCUCAGAACCAUUCCCAGCUGAAUCAGACCCAGAACCAGAACCAGAGCCAGAGCCAAACACAUCAGGAGAGCAGCCAGCGCCGCUGCUCGGAUGAUUCAGACUACAGCAGCCUAGUGGAGGUUAUGGACCGAGACCUGGACCGACCCGAAUCUCCAGCCACCUCCGAGCAGUUCCAUGAGCAGUCCACAUCAGCACAGUCCACACAGAGUAAAGCCUCACAGUCUAAAGGGAAAUCCCAGCAGCAGCAACAGCCGCCGCAGCAGCAACAGCCGCCGCCACCGCAGCAGCAGCAGCAGAAGAAGACUAAGGCCCAGAAGAAACGUGAGGAGAAGGAGAAAAGGACCAAGGGCAAGCCCCAGGUGGAGGAGGAACAGAAGCUGGUGGACAACGAUGACAGUUCCUCCACCACCACCGAGGCCUCCAACCCCGACGUGGAGGCCAGCGUCAAAGAGGAGCCAGUGAAUAAAAAAGGUCGGUCAGUCAUGGUGGAAAAGGAGAAAGAGGAAGCCCCAGAACCCCAGUCCAAGCCCCAGAACAAGAAAGCAACCAACACCAAACAGCCAGAAGCCCCAACAGACUCAAAGACCAGUUCAUUAGAGCUGCCAUACGUAAUCCCUCUGGAAACCAAACAGCGCAAAAAAUUCCCUACCAAGAAUUUGAUGCAGCAGGCCUUAGCAAAUACCCCCAAACCAAGAGCAGCUCUUAAACCGGCAACAGCAAUAGAAGAGAAGUUAGCCGAGUUCCGCUCCUCUCCCUUGGCUAAGAUGCUGUCCUGCAGUCCUAUCCAGGACCUGGUCACCAGCAGCGGCUCAGAGGGGGAGAAGGACACCUCGCCCCCUCCAGAGUGGGACUGCGUGCCCCUCCACAAAUGCCCUCUGACGGUGGACAGCCUGCAGCAGAUCUCCAUGCAGACUCUGAAUGCAGACCACUUCCUCAAGCGCUCCAGCAGUGCCAUCUCCUCCUCGGUUGGGGUGGGGGUCGGGAUGGGGGUGGGGGUGGCCCCCCAGACCUCCUACUCCCCACCUCCCCCCUCCUCCCCCAGUCUGACCCCCCGUGGCACCUACAGCAGUGUGCUUAACACUGUCAGUGAGGCUUGUCCCAAGGUCCCCACUGGAGCGAAGAAUAAGCUCACCAAGUCUGUCUCUCUGCCGGGUCAGAACGGCAACCCCACAUUUGCCGCAGUGGCAGCAGGCUAUGACAAAAGCCCAGGUGGUAGCGGUCCAGCCAAAGCUGCCAUCAGCAGACUGGAGACAUUGGACAAGGUGUCCCACUCCACCUCUAUGGACAGUGAUGGAUCGGACAGCACUGGGCUGUGGAGUCCCAUUGGUAACGUCAGCAGUCCAAGCUUCAGCUCAGCCAACUCCUUCUCUGCGUUCGGGCCCAGCAACACCUUCAAUCUGUCAGGAGUCUUCAGCGGGAUGACGGCCCCCAGGAGCAGCGAGCCACCUCAGAGCUGGUCCGAGUUCAGCUGUUCCGCGCCCUCCUCGUACUGGGCUGCGGCCCCCGGCACUCCCACCGACCCACUUCACCACUGGCCGAGCAGCUCUGGGUCCGGACCCAGUACUCCCACCACGUCCAUCCUGGGCAACAGCAGCCUGUGGUCGACUGGUGUCCCCUUCAGUCCCUCCAUUUGGUCCACCAGCGGAGACACCUUCCCACCCCCCUCCUCCGCCCCGACCUCGCCCAUCUCCGAUCUCAUCGGCCCCCCCGACAGCAGCUGUGCCUCGCCCACGCUGGUAGUCGGUGGCGGGGCAUCGCCCGUGGAGCUGAGCCGCACAUUCAACCCGUGGAGCGUGUGGCGGCCCACCUUGACGCGUCGCAGCUCUGAGCCCUGGCCCAACCCCGCUGACGAAGGCAAUUAGCAAGUACGACACAAACUGGGGCCUCCAAAACUCUAGGGGGCGAUGCUUAAGCUGAAGUGAUUGAGGUAGAAAGCCUGCCCUGUGCUGUCAAAUGCAGAUUCAUGACCAUGCCCGUGGGUUAUAGCAAGCAGAGAGCGAAGUAAACCUACUCCUUGACUAAAUCCAGCCUUGAGGUGGCAGUUUGGCAUCCAUUUUAUUUCAGGAAUAGGACUAGAGGCCGAUUGUCAAGUUUCACAGAUUGUCCACUCUUUUGAUGUUAGAAAACUGAACUGUUUGUGAAACUGACAGUUGGGUUACUGCUGAGCAGUAUAGAACAGGCUUCACAAACCACUUCAGCCAGCGCUGCCCUCUAGAGCCUGUUGGCUACAUGUAGUGUCUCAAGGUCAUUUACGAGAACUCAAUGGGGAGAGGGAAAUGUGAUUUUUUUUUUUUUUUUUUUUUUUCCCUCACAGUUCAGGCUGUACAGCAAAACCAGUUUUUAAAGACAAAUAUUUAAUUGGAAGCCCAGUCAAUAUUAGUGAACAUGACAAGUUGCUGCUUUUAUUUUAUAAUUGUCAGUGUUAUCAACUUGAUCAACUCUGAUGUUGAAGACGACAAGAAAAGGUUAAGAAUAAAAGGCCACGGUAGGGCUGUUUGGCAUUUUGUAACGACAUUGUGGCAGAAACGGGGUUCCCAACUGCUGUUUUGGAAUGAGCACUUUUAUCAAGUCCAUAUACUGAGAAGAAUGUUCUGUUCAGAGAGGCAGUUAUAUGUGGUUAAUGUGCAAUAGGAAUGUAACAUGGGGAAAACCUGCAAUCUAAAAUAAGACAUUGAAAAAAAAAGAAAUCCUUUAAUUUGUGGUUUCCUUCAUGACUUUUCGAUUCUCAGUUCUUAAGUUUCAGAUUUGUGGGAAAAGAUGUUUUAUGUGAAUUUUAACCAGCCAGUUGUUUUUUUAUUAUUAUUAUUAUUAUUAUUAUUAUUUGUUUGUUUGUUUUUUUGAAGCAGGAAGGAUUGGCAGAACAACGAUUUUUUUCGAUCGAACAUUUUUUUAUUUUUUUUGGGGGGGGGGGUGUUGUUGGGUUUUGAGGCUGUAGUAAAGGCAUCUCUUUUUCUGUCAAGGAAGUGUGAUCGCUUCCCAAGUCAACAAUAAACCACAUGGCAGAACA